UGACUCGAGAGGGAGUUACUUGCUCUCGAGUCACAAAAUGAAGUGCGUGAAGGAUCUUGCAAUUCAGUAUCUCAUAGAGACCUAACCUUGAAAGUGUUUCAAGCACUUCUGUCAAAUUCUCCAACGAGCUUACGUGGAUUAUUAAUAACAACUUUUAGAAUGUCAUCCAUUAAGUUGCUAGAAGACAGAAUUAUUAAUUUGGAGAAGCAAGUGUAUGGACCAAGCGAGACAAUUAAUAUUGAUGAUUCUGUACCAUCAAAUGCUGUCAUUGAUCGUCUGCUAGAUGUCAGCUCAUUAAUAUCCUCCGCAUUGUCGGGCAGAGAGAAGCCAAAUGCGAUCAUCAAACGGUUGCCGGAGCUAAAUGGCUACUUGGAUCCUGUUUCUGAGGAUAUUGACAUUCCCACAAGUGCUAAAGCACAAUUAUUGUUGACAGUGGAGCCAGAGAUUAUGGAGAAUUACAAGCUUUUAACUAAAAUGCAAGAACUUGAGCCUGUUUUAGAGUCUGAGCGUAUCAAGAAUGUUCCUGAAUUUAACAAUACAUUUAAUAAGUUAUCGCUGUCAUAUCUCAAAGCUUACGAGGAUUCUAAAGAACUGAAUGCUCAUGUACAGGAUCUUUUAUCUAAAUAUAAUGCAGUCAUAAACAGCAUAUCAGUUUCAUUGAUUACUUUGGAUGCUGCAAUUACUGCUGCGGAAAUAGCAGCUAUGCCAAAGAAACAAAUAGAAGAUGAUUGAGGAGAUAAUUAUCGUUCUGUCUACUAAGUGUAUUAGUGUUAAUUAAUUUUUUAAAUGUAUUAGUGUUAAUUUUUUAAGUGUAUUAGUGUUAAUUAAUUUUUUAAAUGUAUUUUUUAAAUGUAUUUUUUUUACAUGCAAAAUUAAUUUAAUCAGUAAUAUUUUAAAUUAUUUAUUAUAGUGCAAAAUUAAUUUUAUCAGUAAUAUUUUAAAUUAUUUAUUAUAGUGAAAUGUUCUUUAGAAUCACUCUGGCUUAAAUUAGAAUAAAAAUGUAUCGCGAUUUCGUUUAAAAUACAUUUAUUUGUUAUUUUUAUUUUCGAAAUAUAUAAAAAUAUGCAUUCAUCAAUGACUAUGCAUAUAUAAACAUACUUUUAUCUUGUUGUAUCUCUAUAACAAUGCAUUUUAUUAAAAUACUCAUAUUAUAUA